UUCAUACGUGAUACGUACACACCGUCAUCGCUACUCAACACUCGAGAAGAAAGUAGCGUCAAAGGAACUUCAUCGGCGAACGAAAUGGAAGAAUCUACCUGCGACGAUUACCUGUCGGCUCUGCAUUCGAACGAAUGAACUGCUCGCAGGUUCAAUUGACGAUUUCUGGGCCCCUCUACAAAGUCACUUGGCAGCUCCUCAAAAAAAUAGCCGCAUCAAGUAGUCCAGCAAACACAUUGGAGGCACUAGGGGACUCAGGAACAAUGGAAUGUAGGGACUGCUCUGAAUUGAAAAUGCCCACAUCUGCCCAAGUGAAAGUGUUGCACAAUGGUAUAAAAAGACAUACUUCGUAUAUAGUGAAGGUGAGAAUGAAUUUAAAUAGGCUUGGAAUUGCAAAGCCUACAAAGCCUAUAUAUUCAUUAAACCUGGAAGACUAGGUAGAGGACUUGGAGAAGGACCAAGUUCAAUGCUCUCUAAUAAAUCUAUGAUAACUUCAACGUUUGCUACUGUUCGUGAAAGGGCAGUAUAGAGUGUGGGGAGGACCUAGUCAAGAGCUACACUUAAUGGCUUCCUGUGUGGCUAUAGAUGCUGAAUUACAUGACAUUGACACUUGAAAAUUUGGACUUGCUUGGUUUGGAGGAUGAUAAAAUUGCUCAGUUUAAGGCAUUACUAAGGGAAAGGUAUGCAUUUCAUUAAUCUUCCAAAUUUCAUGACAGCCUCUGCAUUGCUCCCUCACCCUGCCCUAGUCAUUUGGAUUAUUGAAGGAAACACAUGUUUUAUAUCAGAACUCUCUCUUUUCGCCAUUUUCACUAGCUGGAGAAUAAUUCACCAUUAGGGGUGGGGUUUCUACUGUUUUGCUGAAAUUGUUUGGAACAUUUUUACCUAGAAUGUAAUUGUAUGUAUGCCUACAUUCUGUCAUGAAUCUAGGCUUGUCCUUGAUCUGUUUUUCUGUAGUUGCUGGUUUUGAGCUAUUAUAGACAAUCCUCAAUUAUACAUACUUGAAUUAAGAUAUAAGUUGUAGAAUGUAGAUUAACAAGUUUGAAUUAUGGGCUCUCUAAAAUAUAUCAUUAAUUUUUUCAUUAUUUAUUUGUUAAUACCUUCGAAGUUAAAAAUACUUAUAUAUAAUUCACAAUAUGCUAAGUUGACAAGGAGCAUAACACAAAGCACGAUAAUGACGAUGAUGUGGAAUUGUGGAUGAUGAGGAAGAAGAAGAAGAAUGAACGCUCUAAAUUAAUCCGUUUUUGUAAAAGAAGAAGAAGAAUGACCGCUCUAAAUUAAUCUGUUUUUGUAAAGCAGUUUAAUUUAUCUCAGUACUUCAUAAUGUAUUAGUAACUCCAGUGAGUUUGGUUUUAGAAUUUAUUCAUGGAGAUGUCAUUGAUCAGAUUGAACAAAUUAUUUAUGAAAUUUGUACAUUUGGCUAAUCAAUGAAAUUUUAUUUUAGUAUUCUGUGUUCUAUCUUAAAGGAAGCAUUACAUUUUCGAGGUUUUAUAUUAAAUUUUACUGUAUUUUGACAUUUUAGAAAAUAUAUGAAAUCUGGCUCCUAUUAUUUUAUAUUAAAUAUUUUCUAUUAGAAAAUAUAUGAUGUAUUUGUCAAUAAAUGCUUAUUGUUUAGAUUUGCGUCAAUAACUCAAUAUACGGUUGCCUCUAAAAGGUAUUCAAGACAACAACUAAAAUUGCAUCAAAAAGUUUUAAAAGCAAUACAUAAUAGUGCCUCUAAUAACAUCUUGAGUCAUUGUAUAUGGUUGUUUCUAAAAACAUUUUGAAAUAACAUAAAACAAAUGCCUCUGAUGACAUUUUGAGGCAAAUGUGUAUGGUUGCUUCUAAAUGUGUCUUUUUAGAGGCAUAUCUUCUAUUGCCUCUAAAGACAGCUUUUAGAGUCAACCAUCAUUUUGCGACGGAGUUUUUUAUGGCAACCACUAAAUUGCCCCCAAAAGGCAUUAAAGGCAAAUUUGUGAUGCCUCUAUAAAUCAAUUUUAUUGUAGUGUAGAAAGUCAAGUUGUCAGUUUGACUUCUUUGGUGAAAGAACUCCUUCUAUCUAAAGCCAAAAACUCAGGAGGUCAAAGCUUGUGGCGUUUGCACAUCAACCGGACACCCCACUGAUUCGUGUCCAUCACUCCAAGAAGAGCAAGUCAUCGCCCUUGGUUUCCAAGGACAUCAACAAAUGAGGUACGAUGUAGGGGUGGGCGCGGUCCGGAACGGUCCGGGAAAUUGGGCAACCCCGCAAUGUAUCCAUGAAGUUUUAUACGGUCCGGUACGGUUCGGUUCUAGGAUUGGAACCAUUCGAUAUCAUGUUGUUUCGGAACGGUACAAACCAGUACGGUACAAUGCUAAAGUAAUGCUAAAAAUAUUAUAAAAAACUAGCAAUUAGUAUAUUAUUCGAAAUAAUUACUUAAAUAUGAUCAAGAUGAUUUACAAAAAUAUGACUAGUUACUAGAGUAGUAAUGAAAACAUAGUAAUUCAUGUUCAAGUUUUGAACUUAAUUUACCACAACACUACGUUGUAGUAAUGAAUAGUCAUAUUUAUGUAAAUAAGUUUUAUUUUUAUUAUAUUCUUGUAAAAAAACUUAAAACAGUCCAACAAAACCUCAUUGCUAACUGAUCUCCCAGCUUACAGAGAGGAUUACAAUUCGGUUUACAGAAGCUUAAACACUACCAACCAUUUCAAAUGAUUAAAAAACAUACGAAUACUAAUGACCAAGUUCCUAAGUGCCUGGGCCCUGGAGGAUAUCAAAACAAUGGGCACUUAGCAGAACUUCUAAAUUUGGGCUGAGCAUGGUACUGGGCUUUAAGUGUGGGCCUGCAAGAAAUUUAUUGGGUUGACAAAAAUAUAUAAUUUUAAAUGUAUUAAUUAUAAACGGUCCGGUCCGGUAUAAACCGGUCCUCAAAUUCCAGAACCGUUCCCGUACCCGCUUCAAACGGUACGGUUUUAGUUCGGGAUAAAAUUUUAUAAAACCGUUUAAAAACCCGUCAGCCGGUUUGGUAUCAUUAUGGGCUGGUUCGGUACCGGUUCGGCUCGGAUUUUAUGCCCACCCCUAGUACGAUGCAUUCUCAAACUCUUACAACCCUGGAUUGAGGGAUCAUCCAAACUUGAGGUAUGGAAACCCCCAACAAUCCAACCCAUCUUCUCAACCACCUUUUAACACCCAAGGUUCAGAUUUUCAACCUAAUAUGUCAACUGAUGACAUGAUUCGAACUUUGACCUCAAACAUGGUUACCAUGCAAAAAAACAUGGGAUUAAUCGAGGAGUAUAUCCAAUUCAUCGAGGGUAAUUAUUAAUAAUGAGACGCGUUCAUUAAUAAAAUUUACUAUCGAGUCAAUAUAGAACACACGCUGUAUAUUAACCCGAUAGUAGCAAUAUACUUAAGAUGAAAAUGAUUGAGAUUGAUAACCUCAACACAAGCGGCUUAUUGGUUUAAUCAAUAUAAUUAAUUCCCCUUAGAUUAUUAACCAUGAGACACAUGCAUUAAUAAUCCAAGUUUACUACCGUGAAAGGACCAAACUAUUUAGUAGUGCAUAAACACCACAUUUUAGAAUGAUUUUACAUUAUGUUUACUUAGCUUUUGUACAAUUACGGUGUAAUCUUUAUCUUCUAAAAUUAAAGUAGAAUUAGAAGAUAUUAAGAUAUUUUGAUAUGUAAGCAAAAACAUGAUGAAAAGAAAAGGAAAAAGCUUGGGAGCAUAAGGAAGGAGCAUUGGAGACAAGAGGAAGCUUCAUGGAGAACAAAGAAAUGUGAAAAAUCGGAUAUGAUUUGACCCGAAGAUCAUAAGAGAUCAAAUAAAGCAAGUGAACAUGAGAAAAUCAGAUUAUGUCUUAGACCCAACCACCUCACUUCUCCUAUAAAAACACCCCUUUCC